AUUACUAACAAUAGCUCAAGUGAUAAUAUAUAUUUAUAUGUAACAUGGCCGAACUACCCAUACCCAACGAGGUGAAGAAACUAUGGGAUAUAUGGCAACUACGUGGUUGUAUAAUUCUAAGUCUAUUCCUACAAGCCUUAUUGGUUUCGUUUGCAUCAAUGAGAAGAAGAUCCAAAAACUCAUUUCUAGUCUUCUUCAUCUGGUCAGCUUAUUUGCUAGCCGACUGGGCAGCUGCCAUUGCCAUUGGUUUGAUCACCCAAAGCCAAACCGAUCUUUGCGAAUCCAACAACGGCGAGCUCUUCGCCUUUUGGGCUUCCUUUCUUCUGCUUCAUCUCGGCGGCCCAGAUGGCAUCACCUCAUUUGCUCUUGAAGACAAUGAAUUUUGGCUUAGACACCUUUUUGGGCUAGUUUUGCAAGUCUUGGGGGCUUUAUAUAGCAUAUACCUAACUCUCCCAAACAACAAACUUUGGCUUCCUACAUUUUUGGUUUUUGUUGUUGGAGUUGUCAAGUAUAUGGAGAGAACUCUAGCUCUUUACCUUGCUAGUUCUGACCAUUUUGGUGCUGCCUCAUUACCCAAACCGAAUCCAGGAUGGGUCAUUGAGGCAGCACCAGCUAGUACUGCUGCUGAGGCAGCCAAACCGCCAGCAGCAGCAGUAACUGACUCUUCUGUCAUCCAAGUAUCGAACGAUCAUCAAGAAAUUGGUGAAUCUGAUGACGAAAUCAAACUCAUGCAAGUUGCUUAUAAGUUUCACGACAAUUUUAAGGGAUUGAUUGUUGGAUUUGGCUUGAGUUCGAAAUGUCAAGAAUCUAGCCGCAAGGCUUUCAUGAAAGCCAAUCACAUUAGUGCUUUCAAAGUUGUAGAGAUCGAAUUGAGUAUAUUUUAUGAGGUUCUUUACACCAAGGCCAUUGUCAUUCGAAAUAGAAUGGGCUACAUCUUCCGCUUCAUUGGCUUCUCUUUCGUCGUUGUUGCUUUAAUCUUCUUCACCUUGUUCGCCGAUAAAGAUGGUUUCGAAGAAAUCGACAUUGGCCUCACCUACGCUUUGUUGAUUGGAGCCAUUGCUAUCGAUUUGAUUUCCAUUGUUCAUGAUCAGCUCAUUUCUUCAGAUUGGACUCUUGGCGCCCUUUGUGAAAGAUGGGCUACAUAUAUUCCCUCAUCAAUAUUAAAAAGAAAAAGAUCAAGGUGGUCUGGAACUGUGUUACAAUACAAUAUGAUUAGUUAUUGUCUUGAUCAACAUCGUAUCUACACAUGGUUACACAACUUUCUUAACACAUGGGAUGUUCUUGACACACUUCAAAUCUUUCUCUUUUCAAAUUCAGAGAAUGUCACUGAUGAUAUGAAGGCUUCAAUUUUCAAUGAAAUGGUGAAAAUGGUCGAAUCAUCUUCUUCAAAUCAAGCCGAAAGGUAUCAAGGUCUUCGUCGUUACUCUCGGAACAGAGUUAUUGAGACAGAGUUCAUGGCCAGAAUUGAAUAUGUGAAUAGCUUAAUUGGGGAAAAAGCUUAUUUACCAGAGCUACUUACAUACCACUUAGCUAUUGAAAUCUAUUCUACAUGUACUAAAGUACUCAAAGGAUCAGUUUUAUUGAUUAUUUCGCGUUAUUUGUUUUAUCUAAUGGUAACACAACCAACCAUGUUGUCUCCAAAUUUGGGUAAUUGGGAGGAAACAUAUCAAGAGACAGUGAAUGAUAUCAAGAAAUUUUUGGAGAAGAAUAACAAUCAUUUAGAAGCAUGUGAGAAGAUUAAGGGGAGUUUUAGUGCUAUUAUAGGUAGUAGUGAUGAUAGAUGUUUUGAAGAAAUGGGAGAGAAUAAGGGUUUGUUUUUAAAAGCUUGUGUGCUUGCAAGGAAGUUGUUAUUGGGUGAUGAUGAAGAAAAGGAUGAGUUGGAAAGUAAAUUGUUGGGAUUGCUUGUAAAGGGUGCUAUGAAUUGUGAACCAGUGAUACAUGGUCAGAGAUUGAGUAAAGGUGGAGAACUAUUGAGUUUCGUGUGGCUAUUGAGCAAUCAUUUUGGGUUGCAAGUUCUAGAUAGUAAAGAAAACUAAUAAUAGGGAUUUUAAUUUUACAUGCAUGAAUAAGGUGGCCAAAGUUUCGAUAUCUCUAGAGAUUGUGUUUGUGGUUAAGAGUAAUGGAAUGCAAUGAAAAUUAAUCAAAUUUUAUUUUAUUCAAUAAAAGAGAAUUAUCCCUUAUAUUAUUUUUUAUUAUUAUUUUUUAGCUAAUUAGUAAUUUUUCUCCCCGAACUUAAACAUGUACUAAAUCGUGCUCCUGAACUUUUUUAGCCGUUAGA